AAUACAAAGGUGGAAAUUGGAACUGGCAAGCUUCAAGUUUGAUAUACAGUAUAGACCUGGGAACGCCAACACAGCAGCAGACACCUUGUCUAGAGGGCACUGUGCAACCAUGACGAAACAAAGUAGCCUAAAGACGUACCAUGACUACCUGUGUCAUCCAGGUGUCACUAGACUACUACAUUAUGUCAGGUCAAAGAACUUACCCUUCUCGGUUGAAGAGGUCAGGCAGACCAUUCAACAAUGCAGAACCUGCAAUAGAAUUAAACCGCAAUUCUAUAAGGAAUUUGCAGGUACGCUCAUCAAGGCCACACAGCCGUUUGAAAGAAUAAGUGUUGACUUUAAAGGUCCUUUGCCAUCAGCUACUCGCAACAAGUACUUGUUAACAAUGAUUGACGAAUAUUCGCGGUUUCCAUUCGCUUUUCCCUGUCCUGAUAUGACAUCUAAGACAGUAAUAAAGUGCUUCGACCAGUUAUUUUUCCUCUUUGGAACACCCAAUUACAUCCACUCUGAUCGUGGCUCAUCAUUUAUGUCCACAGAAACUACAGAAUAUCUACAUUCUAAGGGCAUAGCCACUAGCAGGACAACGCCCUAUAACGCAAAAGGAAAUGGUCAAAUAGAAAAGCUGAAUAAAACAUUGUGGCAGGCUAUUUUAUUAGCAUUGGACUCAGGGAAGUUGGAACUAUCACAGUGGGAAUCUGUGUUGCCCCAGGCACUUCACUCCAUUCGAUCAUUACUGUGUACUUCUACUAAUGAAACUCCACACGAACGGAUCUUCAAAUUCAACAGAAGAUCGCCAACGGGAACAUCCUUGCCUACUUGGCUACAAAACCCAGGCAAAGUAUUACUAAAAUCACCUGUAAGAUCUUCAAAAUUUGACCCAUUGGUACAAGAGGUUGAACUUAUUAGCUGCAACCCACAGUACGCCCAUAUACGAUUUCCAAAUGGCCGGGAGGAGACAGUGUCGCUUAGGCAGCUGGCGCCGAAGGAAAGUUCCACGAACGACUAUUUCGAACCAGAGAACGGUAUUCUGCCUCAAGAGGUCGGUGACUCUUUGGAUCUCUCACCAGGGAGUCGCUACGUGCCUGAAACUAUCAGUAAUUCACAGAGUCCCACCCCAAUGAUGUACAACCAGCCAGAAGUCAUCAGUGACUCACAGGGGAGCCACCCAAUGCCAGAGGCCAAUAUUGACUCGAGUCCCGUACAGGACAGUUACGACUUGCAAGGAGAAAAGUCUACGCCAGAGAUACCUCCGGAUCCUUCCCUUCAUACGCAUGGCUAUAACCUAAGACCCAGAAAGAAAUGAAGGAGGGGUGAAUGGAGUGAUCGUUAAAUGAACUUGUGUGUUAGCCGUGCUUGUAAUCGUGCUAGUAUUUGUAAUCGUGUUCGCAUUAUCGUAGUCUGUGAAUCGUGACCAGUCUGUACUAUGUUAUUGUGUGUAUCA